AUGACGUGGCCGGGCGGAGCGGAAGUGGCGUCGCAGGUCGGCGUUGGCGGCGGGGCGCGGGCCGGCUCCGCGGCGGGGCCUGCUGCGUGCGCGGGGACGCCGAGGCCCGAGAUGGCGGCGCCCGGGCUGCAGCUCUGCGCGGCCGCCGCGCUGCUCCUCCUCCUCCUCCUGUGCCUGCCGCUGCGCGCCCGCGCCGACGAGCACGAGCACACGUACCAGGAUAAAGAGGAAGUUGUUUUAUGGAUGAAUACAGUAGGACCUUACCACAAUCGCCAAGAAACAUACAAAUACUUCUCUCUUCCUUUCUGUGUGGGAUCAAAAAAAAGCAUCAGCCAUUACCAUGAAACCCUAGGAGAAGCACUUCAAGGAGUUGAAUUGGAAUUUAGUGGUCUUGACAUCAAAUUUAAAGACGAUGUAAUGCAGACUACUUACUGUGAAAUUGACUUGGACAAAGGAAGAAGAGAUGCAUUUGUGUACGCUAUCAAAAAUCACUAUUGGUACCAGAUGUAUAUUGAUGACUUGCCAAUAUGGGGUAUUGUUGGAGAAGCAGAUGAAAAUGGAGAAGAUUAUUACCUUUGGACUUAUAAAAAACUUGAAAUUGGUUACAAUGGAAAUAGAAUUGUAGAUGUCAAUCUGACCAGUGAAGGAAAGGUGAAAUUGGUACCAAACACAAAAAUCCAGAUGUCAUAUUCAGUGAAAUGGAAGAAGUCAGAUGUGAAGUUUGAAGACCGAUUUGACAAGUAUCUUGACCCAUCUUUCUUUCAGCACAGAAUUCACUGGUUUUCAAUUUUCAAUUCUUUUAUGAUGGUGAUCUUUCUGGUUGGCCUAGUGUCUAUGAUAUUAAUGAGAACUUUGCGAAAAGAUUAUGCAAGAUACAGCAAGGAGGAAGAAAUGGAUGAUAUGGACAGAGAUCUAGGUGAUGAGUAUGGGUGGAAGCAGGUCCAUGGAGAUGUUUUUAGACCAUCCAGUCAUCCUCUAAUAUUUUCAUCGCUUAUUGGUUCUGGUUGUCAAAUUUUUGCUGUGUCUCUUAUAGUUAUUGUUGUUGCAAUGAUAGAAGAUUUAUACACAGAGAGAGGAUCAAUGCUUAGUACAGCUAUAUUUGUUUACGCUGCAACAUCACCAGUGAAUGGAUAUUUUGGAGGAAGCCUUUAUGCUAGACAAGGAGGAAGGCGAUGGAUAAAGCAGAUGUUCAUCGGAGCCUUCCUUAUUCCAGCAAUGGUGUGUGGAACUGCCUUCUUCAUUAACUUCAUUGCCAUCUAUUAUCAUGCUUCAAGAGCUAUACCCUUUGGAACCAUGGUGGCAGUGUGCUGUAUUUGUUUCUUUGUCAUUCUUCCAUUGAACCUCGUUGGUACGAUUCUUGGCCGAAAUCUGUCAGGACAGCCUAAUUUUCCAUGUCGUGUAAAUGCAGUGCCUCGUCCCAUACCAGAGAAAAAAUGGUUCAUGGAACCAGCUGUUAUUGUUUGCCUAGGUGGAAUCCUCCCUUUUGGAUCAAUUUUUAUUGAAAUGUAUUUCAUUUUUACUUCAUUCUGGGCUUACAAGAUCUACUAUGUUUAUGGCUUUAUGAUGUUGGUUCUAGUUAUCCUCUGCAUUGUGACAGUUUGCGUGACUAUCGUUUGUACGUAUUUCCUGCUAAACGCAGAGGAUUAUAGGUGGCAAUGGACAAGCUUUCUUUCUGCGGCAUCAACUGCGAUUUAUGUUUACAUGUACUCCUUUUACUACUACUUUUUCAAGACAAAGAUGUAUGGCUUGUUUCAAACAUCAUUUUACUUUGGUUAUAUGGCAGUAUUUAGCACAGCUUUGGGAAUAAUGUGUGGAGCUAUUGGUUACAUGGGAACAAGUGCCUUUGUUCGUAAAAUCUACACUAAUGUGAAAAUUGACUAAGGAAAUAAGAAAAUUGAACUAUGGAUCAGCUCCUGUUUUCAUGGGGAUGAACUUGCACAACAAAAAGCGCGAGAAGAGAUUUGGGUUUUAACACUGGGCACUAUAUGGGUCUCCAUUUUGUGGAUGGCUUAAAGUAACAUCUAUUUCAUUGAUCCUAGGUUCUUACUGACUGCUUUCUCCAACUGUUCACAGCAAAUGCUUGGAUUAAAUGCAGUAGGCAUUACUACAGUACGUGGCUAAUCUUCCCCCCUGAAAAAAAAAAAAAACAAACAAAAAACAAAAAAACCUAGCUCAUUAAAGAUGAAUAGACUAGCUCUCUUCAGUGAAGAGGACAAACGGUUUAUUUAAAGCAUUUGUUCCAUUCAAUAAAAAGAGGGAAACUUGGCUGCUAAAACUACUUGAUUAGUAGUCUUCCUGGUACUUAACAUUUCUAAAUUAUGUAAAAAUGCUGUUCCAGAAAGAUUACUAUUCUGAUUUUUACUGCCAUUGCCAGGAUAGGAGGUAUGUUUUAUAUUUUGACUCCAGGUGCUUUUUGGUUUAUUUGCGAUAUCAACUAUACCCUACACUCAUUUGUUUAAAAAAUAAUUAAAAAAUAUAUAAAAAACCCAUAUGCAUGUAAUAUAUCAGCUGUUGUUCUAGUUGGACCAACUUCCCUUUAUUUAUCUUGAAAGUAAUAUCCAGCUACAUCUUAAAUCCAUCCAAAGAAAAUACAGUCUGAAGACGGGAUGUGUUCUCUGCAAUGCAAUUUACUGUACAGUUAGAAAGCAAAAUGUUAAAUGAAGAGGAUUGUUUGGUUUUUAAUAAACACUUUGAGGUCUAGAUUAAAACAAAACCAACAUUUUAACUGAAUGUCUAAAGUGAUUCUCCUUUUUUCCAAGUUAGUCUUGCAUAUUUUUUUUUGUUUGGGUUUGUAUGAAGAUUUUCCUUUAGACAUUAUACAAGGGGUAAUAAGUGUAUAUAACAUUAAAUAAUGUAACUUAGGUGUAGAUCCCAAAUGUAUUUGGAUGUACAGAUUUACUACAGAGUACUUUUCUGAUGAUUCGGUGUAAAAAUGUGUGAAUUUGGGUGGCUUUUUACAUCUUGCCUGCCAUUGCAUGAAAAGUUGGGGUUUCUUCACAAUGUGUGUAUGUCAUGCUUUUCUGUUCUAUUUCCUUUCUCAAGCUCUUACAGGAAUUAAAUUUGUAAUUUAGAACAUUUUAAUUUUUGUUAAUCCUAUCUGGACACUUGUGUAACAUCAAAAGCACAGUUGCUUUAGAGUGUUCAGAAAACUAAAAUAAACUUUUCAGACAAAAAUGUUCUGAUUGUGAAAAUAGAUGAGUUUGCAAUGGAAAAUGUUUGAAAAGGCAAUACUGCUGAAUGCCAGUUUCUGUAUACAAUAUUAGUGUGGUUUUCAAAUAUCAAAACCCCAUGCUUUGAAUUCAGAAUUUGCUUACAACUGUAUUGUACAGUACAGCUCCAAAGUGGAUGACCAGCUCAAAAAGAUUCUUCUUGGCUGAACUGUUUGUGGAGAAAUCUGUUUUGUGAUCCAGCUAGUGUACCGAGAAAAGUGGGGGUAAGCGUGGGCUGAAAUAAAUGGAUAAAUGGGCAAAUAAAGGUUAAGUCUUUCUAA